CUGAGAGUGGCGGUGUUGAGCUGUCAAUCAAACCGAAAGUAAAAAACCCUAUAUAUAAACACACUGAACACACAUCAUAACUAGUCUGAGCCUUUAACACUAGGCGUUUAUCUUCAGCUACAGCGGUUCUGUCUUAUUGCAAACAUGGGCAACUAUUUCUCUCAGAUUUUCUCUCGUCUCUUUCCGAAAAAGCAGAUUCGGUUGCUUAUGGUUGGUCUGGAUGCAGCAGGGAAAACAACAGUGCUCUACAAACUCAAACUCGGAGAAGUUGUCACAACUAUUCCAACUAUUGGUUUUAAUGUUGAAACAGUUGAAUAUAAAAACAUCUCCUUCACUGUGUGGGAUGUUGGCGGUCAGACCAAAAUCAGAGGUCUUUGGAAAUAUUAUUAUCAGUACACUGAGGGCCUGAUCUUUGUGGUGGACAGCAGUGAUCAUGACCGGAUUGAAACAGCAGCAGAGGAACUAAACGCGAUGCUGGCGGAGGACGAGAUGAGAGACGCGGUUCUGUUAGUUCUUGCUAACAAACAGGAUUUACCCAAAGCCAUGCCGGUCCACGAGCUGACAGACAGACUGGGUUUACACGCACUGAGAGGACGACAGUGGUUUGUUCAGGCUACAUGUGCGGUUCAAGGGUCAGGUUUAUAUGAAGGACUGGAUUGGCUCUCAGAUCAACUGUCCAGACGACCAUAAUGCUGGAACUUUUUUUGGGGGUUUUUGUGGCCUGAUACUUCAAAAUUAAUACAUACUGUAAUUGAAUGUAACAGUCUCCAGCUGUUUAUUAUCUCAAAAUAAUUUUUAUGUAUUAAUAUUAAAUCAAAACGGUGCAUUUUAUAUUGAGAGUUUACUUAUUUUUUUAUUUAAUUCUUGUUCCAUGAACCCUGAAAGAAAAAACACUUUGAAAGACUUAUUUUAAUAUGUUUUUUGUUGUAUCUGGACUUAAUAAGCUGAUAUCUACAUAUAUGUGUGUGUGUUUGUGUGUAUGUGUGUGUGUGUCCUACAUGUUCAAAUAUCUCCAAUAAAUGGUGUAUUUAUUUUCAAACAUUAGUA